CGUCAUUAGCAGAUCCACCACUCAGCGCACAGGCGGUGCGUGACGUACACAGGAAGUGUUUGCACUCACCUGCCGGAAGAGAAGCGGAUGUCCGGACAGCCCCAGCAGCAGCGAGCGGAGGUGUGUGUGCGUGAGAUGCGGCUGUCUCUGGCGCUGUAGCGUGCGGCGGGCUGAGCGUCAGGAUGGACAUCCUGGUGGCCAAGCUGCUCGGCCUGCUGGGAUUGUUCGGCCUCAUGCUGGCCGGCGUGCUGGUCCCAGUGCGCCUCCUGCUGGUCGACUACGACAAGGCGCACCGAUACAGGAGGGCUCUGUCUCUCUGCAACUCGUUCGGAGGAGGCGUCUUCCUCGCCACGUGCUUCAACGCUCUGCUGCCGGCGGUCAGAGACAAGGUGUCCGCCGUGUUCCAGCAGCUGAAGAUCAGCAGCGACUACCCGCUGGCCGAGACGAUGAUGAUGCUCGGCUUCUUCCUCACCGUGUUCGUGGAGCAGACCAUCCUCACCUUCAGGAAGGAGAAACCGUCCUUCAUCGACCUGGAGACCUUCAACGCCGGUGGCUCUGAGGCCGGCAGCGACUCCGAGUACGACACGCCCUUCAUCCCCUCUGCGCGGGGGUCACCUGGCGGCGGCGGCAGCGGCCGCUCCCACGGACAUCAGCACGGACACUUCAGCCCCGCAGAGCUGGCGGGGGCGGGGCCUCUGCGGCUGGCCAGUCUGGUCCUGGCUCUGUCGGCCCACUCUGUGUUCGAGGGCCUGGCGCUCGGCCUGCAGGAGGACGGCGCCAAGUUGGGCGGCCUCUUUCUGGGCGUGGCCGUGCAUGAGACGCUGGCCGCCGUGGCGCUCGGGGUGAGCGUGGCCAAGGCGUCGCUCGGGAUGAAGGACGCCGCCAAGCUGGGCGUCACGGUCAGCCUGAUGAUCCCGCUGGGGAUGUUGGUGGGGAUGGGCAUCGAGUCGGCGCAGACACUGGCGGGCGCCGUGGUGUCGGUGGUGCUGCAGGGACUCGCUGCCGGCACCUUCCUCUUCGUCACCUUCUUUGAGAUUCUGUCCCGAGAGCUGGACGACAAACAGGACCGGCUGCUCAAAGUGCUCUUCCUCAUCCUCGGCUACACUUCGCUCGCCGCACUCGUCUUCAUCAAGUGGUGACACACAGGAAGUGACACACAGGAAGUGACACACAGCAAUACCAAAGUGAAAACUCAAUAAAGGCAGCAGAGGAAACAGGAAGCAGAGAGCUGCAGACCGACAGUGACUCCAGUACCCGGUAACCUCGGUACUGGAACGUUAUCCCCUGUCGGUCUCGGUCCUGUGUUGGUUCCCGACCCGGCUGCUGUAUGAUCCGGUUUCACCAUAAUCACUGAAUAAAGUUGAGCUAGCGACAUUUAGUAGCUAGUUAAGUAUCUAGUGCUUUGCUAUAGAGAAAAAUGCUAGCUAACUGGCUUUUGUACAGUAAUCAGUAGAAGGAAGAUUUAACAGAUUAUAUAUCGAAUAAUAUAUUUAGUUUGUAAGAAAUUAAUCUUUUAAUUUCCUGAUUCUUUCCUGAUUCUUUCUCAUCGUAAACUUUCCGUCUGUAUGAGCUGAAGCUGAAAACCCCAAAAUAAAAACACUGGAGCCUUUUAAAGUUAAUAUAUAUCGAUAUCUAUAUGUAAUCGGACAUGUAAUCUUUAUUUUUAUGACAUUUUCAUCGUUGUAUGUGUUCAUAUUGUGAUCUGAACAGUUUUGUAUUUAUGUGUCUCAUGUUUAUCUUGUGUUACUGAAAUUAAACAAAUAAUUAUUAAACUUGUUAUUUAAGAAAAA